GGUGUGCGGCUGUGUGACAGCUUGAGCUCUGUACCGCCCCUGGCGGGGUGCUACCAGCUAUGAAGAUAAUGUAGGGGAGUGAGCUGCCACCGCGGCUGUGGUCACCAUUCCAGCGCGGAUCACUUCCUUAAAAAAAGAGCACAAUACUGGUCUGCACGUACAGAGCGGUUGGGAGCCAUGGCGGAGAGCGGAGUUAGCGGGGGAGCGGGCGGGCUCCAGCAGGGAUCCCCGGCCAUGUGUUUCGGAGCGGCUAGCGGCAGUGGCUCGGACUCAGCGACGCCCGUGUCGGUCUCCCUGGCUGCGCCCGCGUCCGUGUCGCUGUUCGGCUGCGCUGCGGUUGCGGAGAGCGGCCGCUCCGUUGGUUCGGGCAGCCAGCAGCAGCGGGAGAGGAUCGCGCUGAGGAAGGCGCAGCUCCGCAGCUAUCCCCGGACAAAGAAACUGGAGAAACUCGGCGUUUACUCCGCUUGCAAGGCUGAAGAAUCUUGCAAGUGCAAUGGCUGGAAGAAUCCUAACCCUCCUCCAACUCCUCCAAGAGCCAACUUCCAGCAGGCCGCUGUCAGCCUUGCAGAGCAAUGCCGAAGCUGUGGCCAUAUGCUAGCUGAUCAUGUUUCCCACUUGGAAAGUGUGUCAGAGGAAGAAAUGAACAGGCUUCUUGGAAUAGUACUGGAUGUAGAAUACCUGUUUACUUGUGUCCACAAAGAAGAAGAUGCAGACACCAAGCAAGUUUACUUUUACUUGUUCAAACUUUUGAGAAAAUGUAUUUUACAAAUGGGAAACCCUAUUGUGGAAGGACCAUUAGGAUGUCCACCGUUUGAGAAGCCCAGUAUUGAACAGGGAGUUACUAAUUUUGUGCAGUACAAGUUUAGUCACCUUCCGCCAAAGGAAAGACAAACAAUUUGUGAACUGUCUAAGAUGUUCUUGAAUCGAAUCAACUACUGGCAGCUGGAAACACCCUCGCAAAGAAGACUUCGGGUACCAAAUGAUGAUUGUGCUGGAUACAAGGUUAAUUAUACAAGAUGGCUGUGUUACUGUAAUGUCCCUCAGUUCUGUGAUAGUCUUCCUCGGCAUGAAACCACGCAGGUUUUUGGAAGAAUAUUGCUUCGCUCUGUUUUUACUGUAAUGAGGCGGCAGUUAUUGGAAAAAUCCAGGCAAGAGAAAGAUAAGCUACCUUUAGAGAAACAAACAUUGAUCCUAACACAUUUUCCAAAAUUCCUUUCCAUGUUGGAGGAAGAAGUAUAUAGCCACAACUCUCCUAUAUGGGAUUUAGACUUCACUGCAUCAUCCGGUAACAUCCAAAUAGGGAUGCAGCCAGCUCCCACCAAGCAAUUUGGGUAUGAAUCAAGCCCAAUUUCUGGCAGUACUGAUCAAACCAACUCUGGAAGUUUGAGUCCUAUCUGGAGGAAGAAAGUGACUUCUGGCUCUGAACAAAUAUUGGGAGAGAAAAGAAAACCUACAGAAUCUUUGAAUAUGGAUGAUGCUAAGAGGCAAAGAGUUUUGGGAGAUAUCCCUAUGGAACUGGUGAAUGAAGUAAUGUCAACCAUCACAGAUCCUGCUACUAUGUUGGGUCCAGAGCCAACAAGAUGUAAUGGGAAACCGACGUCUGUUCUGUAUUUCAAGACUAGCUUACUAUCUGCACACGCGGCCAGAGAUGAGGCGGCAAGGCUUGAAGAAAGAAGGGGUGUAAUCGAAUUCCAUGUUGUAGGAAACUCACUGACCCAAAAGCCAAACAAAAAAAUGAUGAUGUGGCUCGUUGGCCUACAGAAUGUUUUUUCCCAUCAGUUACCAAGGAUGCCCAAGGAAUACAUCACCCGCCUUGUCUUUGACCCCAAACACAAGACCCUUGCUUUGAUCAAAGAUGGUCGUGUCAUUGGUGGUAUCUGUUUCCGGAUGUUUGCAACACAAGAUUUUACAGAGAUUGUGUUUUGUGCUGUGACUUCUAAUGAACAAGUCAAGGGUUAUGGAACUCAUCUAAUGAAUCACCUCAAGGAAUAUCACAUAAAACAUAACAUUCUAAACUUCCUCACUUAUGCAGAUGAAUAUGCAAUCGGCUAUUUUAAAAAACAGGGAUUCUCAAAGGAUAUAAAAGUUCCAAAAGUGAAGUAUGUUGGUUACAUUAAAGACUAUGAAGGUGCCACUCUGAUGGGAUGUGAGCUAAAUCCACGGAUCCCGUACACUGAGUUCUCUGUGAUCAUAAAGAAACAGAAGGAGAUUAUAAAAAAAUUGAUAGAAAGAAAACAGGCACAGAUUCGCAAAGUGUACCCAGGACUCUCCUGCUUCAAAGAGGGAGUGCGACAAAUCCCCAUUGAAAGUAUACCUGGAAUAAAGGAAUCUGGUUGGAAACCUAGCGGAAAAGAAAGAGGAAAAGACUCACGGGACCCUGAACAGCUUUACAAUACCUUAAAGAAUAUUUUGCAGCAAGUAAAGAGUCACCAAAGUGCUUGGCCAUUCAUGGAACCAGUUAAGAAAACUGAUGCCCCUGGUUAUUAUGAAGUCAUUCGCUUUCCAAUGGAUCUGAAGACAAUGAGUGAACGUGUCAAGAACCGUUAUUAUGUGACAAAAAAAUUAUUUAUGGCAGAUAUGCAGCGCAUCUUCACAAACUGUCGAGAAUACAAUCCUCCAGAAAGUGAAUACUUCAAGUGUGCCAAUAUCUUGGAAAAAAAUUUUUACACUAAAAUAAAAGAAGCUGGACUGAUUGACAAAUGAUUUCAAGUAUUUGGUGACCUGAUAAGCCUGCUCGUUUAAUGUACUAUAUAAUAAUGUACUAUAUACAGUGGGCCUGUUACAGUGCUUACCAGUAACUCUAAACAACAGCUGUUUGGGAAAUUGUUAAUCCAGUCAGUUACAAUUCAAAGCACAUUGGAUCAAUUGUAUGCCAAGAGCUCUCCUGAGAAGAUAUUUCCACGUUAUUGUGUUGAGGCCUGGAAAAUGCCUGCUGAUUAUACAGUGUUUGGAGCAGAGGUAUGUGAACACGUGCUAAUACAUUGAGAGAUGAUUUGUUUGCCAAAACUUCAUGUAUUCCUUUAGUGAAACUACUGUUCGGUAGGGGGUAGUGUGUUUCCAUGCUGGGUUAGAAGGCUGGUGGUAGUGCACUCAUAAACUUGAACACAUAUCAUUGGAGUGUUUCUGCUGUCUCAUUUAUUAGCACUCAAAUUUACACUUGUCAGUUAUAUUUGCAUUUCUUGCCAUGGUGGGGAGGCAAAGAAACAAGAAAAAUUUAAUUCACUAAGGCAUUAUUUUACCUAACUGGUCUGCAAGUAUUCUUGAAGCCCAUGAUUACUACUCUACCUCAUAGAAGUGACUAAUGAGCAAGAUCAUUAAGUCUUCUUUGGGGGUAGGAGCUCUUCCCAGUGAACUUCUUAAACACUGUAACUAUUAGCCAAGAUCCAGACAAAAAGGAUCUGGUUUGACAGAUUGCUGAGAGCUUUUGCUACUCUGUGCUGUAAAGCUGUGGAGUGGAAUUUUGGACUCUGUUUCACAUGCUAAAUUGUGUGAUAUUUGCCUUCAAGAUUUGAUAACAUCGUAGGUAAUAAUGGAACUGAAUUUCAGAUCGGAGCUUCUGUAUGCAAAUACAAUAAUAUUACAUGUUCAGUAUUGUAACUGGGGACAGAUUUCUAACCCAAAGGCUUCAGCUAUUUAAACACCAAAUAAGCUUGCAGGCUUCUAACCCUUGGCCAUUAGACAUGCUCUUUAAGGGAAAGGUAUCUUCUUGAAAUUGUGAAGCACAAAUUCUUACAUGAAUUUCUGAAUAUUUUGGUUUGAAGGAGAGUGUGGAUAAAGGUAUCUUUCAGUAUCAAUAACAGGCUGACAAUAAAAACAAAAUAAUGUUUAAAAUGAAAUAUAAUAUCCUCAACUGAGAUAACAUAAUAGAGAAAGUUUUCUAUUCAGAAACAAGUUAUAUGUUUUAAUUUGCAGACGGUACAUUUUAAAUGUUUAAAAUGUUUUAAAUUUAUAUGGGAGGAGAACAUUUCCAAACUAUGAAAUUCUCUAGUUCUACAAGCUGAGGAAAGUCAUUGUGUAUUUCUUGUAACAGUCUGAUUUAUACAGACUCCUUACAAUAGGAAGAUAAAUUUAUUUUUGGAAUUUUCUGUGCAAGUAUCACAAAUUUUUGUCUAUCGGUCUGCAAGAUGGUGUUAUUUGGCCACAUAUUUGUACCCAAGUCUAAAUAGAUAACUAUAUUUAACUCCCCUAUUCUCCUUAACUUACCUUUUCUGCCAUUGUAGUAACCAUGUUACAUUCCAUCCUCAAUAAAAAACCAUUCGGGAUAGUUUACAUAUAUCAUGAAGGAUAUUUUUAUCCAUUUCCUUUUAGUUCUUAUGCAAGUAUAUAGAGAUGAAAAAAUUAUUUCUCUAAAUGUAGGGAAGAAUCUGCAACUGAAAUUAUAAGAAUCUUGUCCUUGUGAAGUUAGAUCUAAGGGGUUUGCAGAAAUUCAAUGAUUUUGAGCCCCAGUGGGAAUACUUGGUAGCCAUCCAGAAAUGCUGGAGAAUGACUUACUGACCUAAUUGUUGAAGUCUAUCUCCAAGCCCAUGACUAAGUGGCAAUGCAGCUAUCCAAAUCAGGUAUAUGGAAAUCAGCGUCCUGUCUGCCAUUUUAGGAUAGUACUGCGCCAAGAAUGCACCUCACAAAUUGUACUCUGUUUAGUAUUGCUGUAUCUGGUAGGCUAAUGGAAGAGGAGUUUAGAAGAGGCAUUUACUAUUUUGGUACAAUGGGCACUGACACAGUGAUGAACAGAAUAUUCUCCUGACCUUCAUAAAACUGGCCUUACUGCUCUUUCCCUGCUCCAAGACCAAACUUACGUCCAGUUUACCAUAGAAACUUCCAGUUAGUUUGGACGAGGAUGAUAGUUUUCCACUGAAAGCCCAAUGGCUGCGUAAUGCAGACAGCAGUCAAAAUGGUCCAUGCCUCCCUUGCCAGCUCUGUUGGGCAGGUAAAAUCCACUAGUUUUAUUUCAGUUAACAGACAGAUUUAUUCAAACAUCCACCACCAACCCCUCUUCCAAUAAAUAUUUGGUUGCAAAAUAAGUAUGUUUUGUAUAAUUAGUGGAGAUACGUUAAUCUGUAUUGCUCUAAAGAGUUCCUAACCUUUUGAGUUCCGAAGUAAGUUGUUUGUUAUUACUGUUCAAAUGAGUCACCCAGAGAUAGAGACUUCACUUAAUAAUUUGGGAUAACAUUAUAUUGUUUAUUAAGGGUAGCAAUUUUUUUUAAGAUCAUACUUUUUUUUCAUCCGAAUUGGGGAAUUACUCAAACAAAUAUAGAAGGUUUUGCAAUCUCAAGCAUGCAAUUACCUUAAUGGGAACCUUAGUAGACAUUCCUCACAAAUUUUAGAACUGUCCUGAUAUAGCAACUCUGUAAUUUGUAAGAGGAAUAGGAAAUAAUUCAUUCAAUAUCUGCCUUUUAAAACAUUAUGACAAAUGCUUGGCAAUUCUAUGAAAAAAAAACAAAUUACUAAAUUAGUUGAAUUCAAGUGAAUUCCUAAUACAGUUAACCUUACGUUACAUUUUAGCUUACCAAUAUUUUAAUUAGUUAACAAUAUUUAUAUAAAUGUCUUAUAUCACUGUCAAAAAAAGACCAAAAUUAGAGAAUUGAAAUUGUUUGAUGUUCUGAGUCAGACAGGCAUAAAACAAAAUUGUGAAGGCCACAUAUAGUCAUAGAAAAGUACAGCACAGAAAUGGGCCCUUUGACCCAUCUAGUCCAUGAUGAACCAUUUUGCUAUUCCCAUGGACCUGCACCCGGACCAUCGCCCUCCACACCCUGCCAUCCCUGUACCUAUCCAAACUUAAACGUAGAAAUCAAGCUUACAUCCACCACUUGUGCUGGCAACACCCUGCCAUCCAUGUACCUAUCCAAACUUAAACGUAGAAAUCAAGCUUACAUCCACCACUUGUGCUGGCAACUCAUUCCACACUUUCAUGACCCUCUGAGUGAAGUAUCCCCUCAUAUUAUAUGCUUCAGUGAUAUAUACAUUUUCAAUCAAAGCACAGAGUUUUCAUAUUACCAAAACACCACAAACAAAUAAAUAGGAGCAUCAAAUUUUGUGUGUGUGUGUGUACACAUACACACACAUGAAUAUAAUUCGAUACUUUGUAUUUAUUUAUUUUUGGUGUUUUGGUAAUGUGAAAACACCUUGAUAUUUUGAUUGAAAAUGUACACAUCAUUGAAACAUUACUACCAAGUAGCACAUUCUAAAUCUCUUCAAAAUCCAGAUGAGUGAAAAGAAAAAUAAUCGAUGAUUACGGAAAAGUGCAUUAACAUACAGAAUACCAGAAUAUUUACAUUUGGUCUAAUUGAUUUGCUUGAACUUAAAGGCUGGAGGGAAAGUUGGUGAGUUGGUGGUGUAGGUAGUAUGGAGGUUGGUCACCUUCCCUACACAUUAAUUAGGCUUAAUUUCUAAAGUAUUCAAUAGUCAUGGUAUUUUGCCUGAUUUGUGCAUUGGACCAGUAAAACUCAAAAUGUUAGUACAAUUAAAAUAUAGAGCUAGAAAAGACCAAAAAUCAGUAUUCUUUUAUAAACUAAUUGGUGGCCCAUCAUUACUGAAACAGUAAUAAUUCCUAAUUGAAAGCCAUGCACAUCUUUGUUUGGAUUGGCUCAUUGUAAAGUUAAGGGUAUUGCAAUAAUAUUAAGAGCCCUCAAAUUUCAUUGGAUCCUAUUUUCAGUAAAACUAGAAUACUGCUCUGCAGUAGUAAAUACUGAUGAACUGUACUUAAAAUGCUCUUAUACAUGUCAGAUUAAUUCAAUUUUGAACCAUUAUAAAUCACAUUUUUCCCAUUUCAGAGUUUAAAAUUUAAUUUGGAAGAUAAACUAUCAAAUUUAGCCUUUUGCUACAUGUUGAGUUCCCAUUCAUUACAGAAAAGAUGUAUCUUGUUUCUUCACAUUGUGUCUUUUUAAUUACAAACUAUUUAGUUUGUCCAUUGGAGCUGAAGAGCAAAUGUGACUUGUUUAUGUGUGGUUAAAUGAAGAAUUUAAUUUUCUCUCUUUGUGGAACUUUUCCAUGAAUAUGGAAUUAGUGAUCAUGAGACCUUAAAAAGACAAGUCUCAACCAAUGAUUAUGUUUGUGGUAUACUUACAAGUGUUAAAGUGUAUUUGCUAAAAGUAACCUUAUUUUCUUUAAAACAUUGUUGAUAGAAUUUCUAAAAGCACUUUGUUACUAAAAUGGUUGUGGCAUCCCAUUGUUAUAUAAGAGGAUGAAUAUUCCAAAAAUGUUGGUUGAGAAGGUGUUAAAAUAAUCAAUUAUAUUGUUACUUGCUAAAUCCACCUAUUGGACCUGUGGAUUCCAUUUUCUCAAAAUUGGGGUUAAUACAAUAUUUGAAUGUGAUUUAGUUAAGACAAUAUUCCAAAGCAAACUAAGAUUUAAGAUGCCAUGAUUUAAGCUUGUGAGACUUCAGUCCUCCUCAAAUAAGUUGAUUGCCAUUCUUAAUUGUUAGAACAUACUGAACGUUAUUUAGAUAAGUGAACAUCAAGGUUUUUAUUUAAAAUGGUCUAGUGUUUUUCUAUUUAAAAGAACUGUUUCUCCAAUAAUGUAAAAUUAGAAUGUAAACAAAGGUAUGACUAACUUAUUAAGAAUUUUUCUAAAUUUAUCUUGUUUUUUUCAUUUUUAGAGGAAAGGAGUAGAUUUUGUGCAAUACUUUAAACUUCACUUUUGAGGUUUUGUAAAUUUUUAUAUUUACUACUUAUAUAGUACAUGUCCUUUUGUAAAAUUAAUAUAUUGUACUAAGAAAAAUAAAGUAAUUUUCAAUUGAUCAACUUCAA